AUGACUCUUCGCCCGCCUACUGCUUCAUACAUCCAGCGUCUCCAACGGCCUCAAUGUCUCCACCGCCAGCUCCAACAGCGAUGCUUCCACGCCUCGACUCGGCGCGACACCGAGGCCGUAAACCACUACGACACCUUAGGUCUAUCGCAAACAGCGUCUGCCGCUGAUAUAAAGCGCCAAUUCUACACCCUCUCCAAGCAGCACCACCCCGACCACAACCCCAACGACCCCGCCGCCUCAACCCGCUUCGUUCAAAUCAGCGAAGCCUACCACGUUCUCGGCGUCGCCGAAAAGCGCGCCAAAUACGACGAGUCCCUCCGCCCGCACCCCCGCCACCAUGACGCUCCGCACCACGGCUCCUACUCCUCACACGCCGGCUCGCGGCCCGCGUCCGGGCUAAGUCGACGACGGACUCAGUUCCGCGGUCCCCCGCCCAGUUUCUACCGCAGCGGGGGCUACGGGACGCACGGCGCGAAGCGGCGGGAGCAUGCGCCUGGCUUCGGCGGGGGAGGCGGAGAUGCCGGAUCAGGGGGGCCGGCGGGCCAGACGUCGCAAGCUUCGGCUGAGGGCGCAGCGGCGGGGGGGACGGGCGGGUUUGGGCCGGGGCAGGAACACCCGGGGGCGAGAGGGUAUGAGAACGAUAUCCCGUAUUGGGAUCGUGAGGGGCAUAGAAGGACGCAGGAGGGGGUCGAGUCGAGGUUGCAGAAGCUCAGGAGGGCGAGGAGUGGGCUGGGGGAGGAUGGGGCGGGUGGGGCGAGUAUGCUGUUUAACUUCUUUCUGCUGAGUGGGAUUGUGGGCUUGGUUGUGUCGCUGCCGGGGUUGUUUGAGAGGAAGGCGAGGGCGCAGCGGAGGGAGAGGGAGGGAUGA